CGUUAGCUUAACGUUUUAAGUGAAUAUCUAGGGUAUUUUCCUCAUUGUCGCCUUUUGGUUGUGAUUCUAGUACCUACAUACAACUUGCAUCCAUACCUAGAAAAACAUUUCCUUUUUGCGCCUUCGCAAGUCAUCUUCUCUUGGAUAUUCUGUACAUACAAUUCCCUACCUAACUACCCCCGUUUUCUUCUCAUUUUUUUUUUAAAUACCUAGAUAUCGAUACCUUAUGAUGCAGUUCCCCCUUUUGGUUUGCUGUCGUUUAUGAAAUAAGGAACCUAUCUGAUCUGAUACACACACAAUAAUGCGACCCUACUCUUCUUGUACCCCUCCCGUGCGACUUCUGUCUACCCGGACCAUCGUAAGACUCGAGACACGGCGUCGCAUAUGCACCCGAUGCUUUAAUAGAACAAGGGCUUUCGAAAGACAACGAAUACUAUCCCGAUCGUCCCAGUCAGCAGUGGGUCGCUGGUCCUCGCCUGCUGUCUCGCCACGACCCGCUUUCCCCCCCAGUGGAUUCAGACAACUUGCGACGGUUGUGACAACCACUGCAGACGAGGUCCAAGUACCCGACAACCAUGGCCCGAUCCAAGAAUACGAUCGCCGAGUGAAAGCCGGGCGCCUCCGAGAGGACCAGCACCAACGAGGGAUUAUCCAAAACCUGCAAAGUCUGCACGACGAUUUGGUCAAGUACCAAGCACCUCCCGUAGUGCAUCCGAACCUCGACUCCCUAAAACCUGCCAAAUCGUUAUUUUCCUGGUUCGGCCCCAAGUUAGGGAACUCGGCUGUGAAGGGCAUUCCGGAUACCCUACCACGUGGGCUCUAUCUCUACGGCGAUGUCGGCAGUGGGAAGACGAUGCUAAUGGAUCUCCUGUAUGAUACGCUGCCCAGUUCCGUUCAGUCCAAGACGAGAAUCCAUUUCCAUAAUUUUAUGCAGGAUGUGCACAAGAGACUGCAUCAAAUGAAGAUGGCCCAUGGGAACGAUGUAGAUGCGAUCCCGUUCGUAGCCGCAGAUAUUGCGGAGCAGGCCAAUGUACUAUGUUUCGACGAGUUCCAGUGUACCGAUGUGGCAGAUGCGAUGAUCUUGCGGAGACUCUUGGAGUCUCUCAUGUCCCACGGUGUCGUGCUCGUCACAACCUCGAACAGACAUCCAGACGAGCUCUACAAAAACGGGAUACAGCGCGAGUCUUUUAUACCGGCGAUCCAUCUUCUCAAGUCGCGGCUCCAUGUUAUCAACCUCAACUCGCCCACAGAUUACCGAAAGAUCCCCAGACCACCAUCUGGGGUAUACCACACACCGCUGGAUAGCCACGCGGCAUCGCACAUCCAAAAGUGGCUCCGUUUUCUCGGAGAUCCAGACGUUACAGAGCCUCACUCAGAAACCCAGAAGGUGUGGGGCCGCGAAAUCCACGUUCCAAGGGUCAGUGGUCGCUGUGCAUGGUUCACGUUCCAGGAACUGAUCGGCCGUGCUACGGGUGCUGCCGACUACAUCGAGCUAAUGCGCUGUUAUGAUGCCUUUAUAAUCUCCGAUAUCCCAGGAAUGACUUUUCGUGAGCGAGAUCUGGCGAGACGAUUCAUCACAUUUAUUGAUGCUGUUUAUGAAUCCCGGGCCAAGCUCGUCCUAACCACGGCCGUUCCACUAACGCAACUGUUCAUUUCGCCCCAAGAACUCCGGGAGCCCCUGAAAAAGGAUGGGAAAGCUGUAGACAAGGAGAUGGACGAGUCCUUCAGUCAUAAUAUGCAGCAUAUGCUGGAGGACAUUGGCAGUAAUACUGACCAGUUGAAGAACUCGAGUCUCUUCUCCGGUGAAGAGGAACGGUUCGCUUUCGCCCGAGCACUAUCACGACUGAGUGAGAUGUCUAGUAAAGAAUGGGUCGAGCGUGGUAUGGGCUUGGAAGAACAAGGAGGAAAGAACGAAAGAGAUGGUUGGGUGAAAGCCAGAAGUCGACAGAUGGAGGACAGUAUGUGACACAACACGAGACAUGAUGAUUCCCUAAUUCCUUUAAUUUUUUCAAAAGAAGAAUUUCUCUUUUUAAUAAUUAUAGGCUAGCAUGGUUGGCGUUUCUCCCUGGCUUUCGUCGAUUAAUAAGAACAGGAUACAUUGAGCGGUGCGAGGUUACAGCGUCGUUGAUAGACAACAUUUUGUUGUACGUUGGGUAUAGAUCCAUCCCUGGAUGUUUACCGUAUAUAAAUUAGAUUACGACAGACAUCAUACAUGCGAGUAGUAGUUUGAACAGCGCUACUUGCUAUUGAUAUGUUAUUCGGA